AUCUCUAAUAAUCGGGGGGGAGAGAAAUAAAUAAAAAAAAAAAAAAAUUGCUCGCGCGCGUCGUAGAGGGAGACCUACUGUGUAUGUAGAAAAAAAAAAAAAAAGAGAGAGUGUGAUUGCACAAGGAAGAGAAGAAAAGGCCGAGAGAAACUAAUAAAAAAAAAAAAAAAGAGAGACAAAUAAUAAGGAGAGAAAAAAGGAAGAAAAAAAAGGAAAAAAUUAUACAAAAUGAAACAUGGCGUUUGUUUCUCUCUCAUACGUUCCAAAAAAUUAAACUUACUAAUUGAUUAAAAAUAUUAUUAUCGUGACAUUAUAAAUAAUUACAAUAUUAAAAUAGGGGCAUGUAAAUUGUGCAGUGUUAUUGUUGAUUAGCUCCAAAGUGUUUAUUAAAUAACUCCAAAAAUAAAAAAUAACAAUAUUUUUCACGAUCAACGUGACCUUGGUGUUGAUGAAAAAGUGAGCGUCAAGCUAAAAAAAAAAAAAAUAAAUAAAUUUGAAAAUUAAAUUAUCAAUAUUAUUAUAAAUAAAUUAAUUAAUUGAUGUAAAUUUUCAAGUGAUUUAAUAAACAAACAUUGGAGCAUUUAUUGGAGCAAAAAAAAAAAAAUUUUGAAAUAAGUCUUUUUUAAAAAUUUGAUAAAUAAUGAAAGGUUAUUUGAUAAUUAACAGUGCUAAUUGUAAUGUGUCAUCAUCAAACAUAUGAAAUAAUAAAAAUUGAAUAAUGACGUCACGUAGUUAUACAAAAUCUUACAGUCGUAAGGUAAAUAAUGUUACACCAGGUAGCAUACAAUUUGAUAAAUUAUUUCGUGAAAAUAGUAAUCGUCCAUCAGCUGCUAAAUCAGCAGGUACUGUUGGAAAAUGGGGAAUAACAUCAUUUACCUCAAUAAGAAGCACAAAUAUAAAUGGUCGUCGUGGUGAUGAAAUACAUCGUACAUUUGGAGCUAAAAAACCAAAGCUUGAUUAUGGCAAUCAAAAUGCUCAAAUAAAUAAAAAUAAUGAUCCAUUUUCAUUUGAAUCAACUGAAAUUGAAAGUAGUAAAAUUGAUACACCAACAGUAUCAUCAUUACCAAAACCUAAAAAAUUUUUUAAAAGUCGUAAUACACCACAAGUACCAAUUGUUGUGCCAGAUGAUACAUAUACAGAUGCAGCAAUAUAUCAAGUACCUGAUUCACAAUAUGGUCGUUCAACAUUAUCAACAACUACAACGACAACAACAACAACUACUACCACUACUACUACUACGACAACAACAACACGUGUACCAAAAACAUCAACAAAACAACAAAAACAAUUAACACGUAAAAUAAGUGAAAGCCAUGAUGGUAGUUCAAGUGAUACAUCAACACGUGAUGAUGGUAAACCACCAAUUGUAUUGAGAAUAUGUAAAGGUACAGCAAGAAUAGUAUCUGGUGAUAAUCAAGAUAAAAUUGAUAAUAAUAUUGACAAUGAACUUGAGACAUAUCGUAUUACAACACCAAGUCCAACAAAAUCAUCGCCAGAUAGAAAAUCAUUUAGUCCAGAUAUUGCUAAAGUUGAAUAUAAAUCAUUACGUUCAUUAUCAAAUCAACGACAUGAACAACAACAACAACAACAACAAUUGCCAAUAGUUACAACAGUAUCAAUACCACUUGAAAAUACAGAUGUACCAAAUAGACGUACAACACGUAGUAGAGCUAAAAAUUUAAAUAUUGAUUUUACAAAUCAACAACCAUUGUCAUCAUCAGCAUUAAUCACAACAAAUUUAUCACCUCAACAACCAACAACACCAAAUCAUCAAACUUCAGGUUUAUCAUUGACACUGAGAAAAUCAACAACUGACUCAAAUAAUACAUCAAUAUCACAUUAUGAUAUUGUCAAGACUGAUUGUAAUACAAAUUAUCAAAAAACAACAAAUGAACAGCAAAUAUUAACAACCACAACAACAACAACAACAGCACUGCCAAUUGAAACAACACAAGAAUUACUUGAAAUAUUAUCAUGUGAUAAUGAACAACCAAAACCAGCACAAAAUUAUACAAGUGAAGAUGAAGAGGAUGAAGAAGAAGAAGAAGUAGAAGCUGCUAAUGAUGAUGAUGCUGUUGGUGAAGAAGAAGGAGAAGAAGAAGACGAGGAAGAAGAACAAGAAGAAGAAGAAAAUCAUUUUAAUUAUGAUAAUAAAAUAAUUGCUCAAAAUCAAAUUGAACAAAGUUCAAUUGAUUUACCACCACCACCACCAACAACAAUAUUACAACAACAAAAAUCAUACAAUGAUAAUGAUAUUGAUUGUGAUAUUGAAAUGAACAAGAUAUCAUCACCAGAAUUAGAAAAUAAUCAAUUAAUAAAUCAACAACAAGUAUUUGAUGGUGAUAAAGGUGUUGCUAAAACACUUGUUGAUCAAGAUUGGUCAUCUGAAAGUGAAGAUAAUGAAUCAUUAAAAAAUGGCAAUCAAGAUAUAUCAACAAAUAAUUUAUCAUCAAUGGAAGUUGAUCAAGAACAAGAUCAAGAACAAGAACAGCAAGACCAAUUGAAACAACAACAACAACAACAGCUUCAACAACAGCAACAACAACAACAACAACUAGAUAAACAACAAUUAAAUAAACAACAAUCAACAUCAACAAUAAAUGAAAUAAAUAAUUCAACAAUUAAUAAUAAUAGUAAUAAUAAUAACAAUAACAAUAAUAAUAUAAAUAAACCAGCAACAAAAAAAGGUAGUAUAUUUAAAAGUCGUUCAGCUGGUGCAACAAAUGGUAGUAAUAAACGUCUUGCAUUGUAUAAACAUAAAUGGUCUGAUAAUGAUAAAGAUGGAAGUGUUAAUCAAGAGACAAAUGUUGAUAAAAAUUUAGUUAAAAAUUCAUCAUGUUUAAAUGAUGAUGAUAAUACAGGAAGAACAAAUGAAUCAUAUAGUUUUGAUGAAGAAGAAUUAGAAACAACAAAAUUGACACGUGUUGUAACAUAUCCAGAAACAAAUAAUAUGGAUUUUACUGAUGAUGCUGAAGCUGUAACAAGUAUACGUUGUGGUAAAAAUAUAAAGGGUUAUUAUACAGUUGUUAAAAAUGUAAAAAAAGCACAUCAAAUACAAGAAAGUGGUGAAUUUCAAGAAUUUAAUGAUGAUGUUGAUUAUAUAUUAGAUACAUUGAGAGAAAAUAAUCCAAAUGCAACACGUUGUUUAUCAGCAAUACGUCUUGCUAGUAAAUGUAUGGCACCAGCAUUUAGAAUGCAUGUUAGAGCACAUGGUACUGUUGCAAAAUUUUUUAAAGCAUUACAUGAUGCAACAAAAGAUCAAUCAUUGGGUUUAUGUACAGCAACAGUUAUGUUUGUAUUAAGUCAAGAUAGAUUAGCUAUGGAUCUUGAUCGUGAUUGUUUAGAAUUAAUGUUGAGUUUAUUAGAAUGUGAUGCAAGUCAUAAAUAUGCACUUGAUGAUUGUGGUUUAAGUAGUGUUGAAUUAUCAAAAAAUAAAGAAAAAGUACGUCAAUUAUGUGCUGAUAUACAAUCACAAGGACAUGCUAAACAUUUAAAUUUAGAUAAUAUAACUGUUGGACAAUUAGCUAUGGAAACAUUAUUAAGUUUAACAUCAAGAAGAGCUGGUGAAUGGUUUAAAGAAGAAUUACGUGAACUUGGUGGUCUUGAACAUAUUGUUAAAACAAUAAAAGAUUGUCAUACAUAUAUUAUGACAAUAAAUAUAACAAAAAUUGGAUGGAAUGAUUUAUUAUUGGAUAAAUUACGUAAAGUUGAUAGAUGUUUGAGGGUUUUGGAAAAUGUUACAUAUAGAAAUGAAGAAAAUCAAAUAUAUUUAUUAAAAUAUGGUGAUGGUUUAAUUGUUAAAACAUUGGCUAGUUUAUAUAAAUUAUGUGGUCAAGAAAUACCAAUUUAUCCAACAAUUGAUGUUAGUGAUAAAUCAUCAACUGGUGCUGUUAUUAGAGAAUGUUUAUUUGCAAUAUUAAUUGUUCUUAUUAAUUUAACUCAUCGUUUUAAUAAAAAAUCAUUUGGUAGUCUUGAUGUUGGUGGUGAAAAUGGUAUUAUUGAUUGUACAUUAAAUCUUUUAUUACGUGUUGCUGAUGGUUUACCAGAAGAAAAAAGUUUUGAAAUGAUUAUGUUGUCAUUGGCAUUUUUAAUUAAUCUUGUUGAACAAUGUAAUGAUAAUAAAAAAUUAUUAAUAUUAUCAAAAUCACCACCAGCACUUGACAAUAUAUUUGAUUGUCAUGGAAGUGGUGUUGAUUCACUUAUUGAAUUAUUUUAUAAACAUGAAGAAUUGGCACGUUUAGAAGAAAAAAAAACUGAUGCUAUUUUAGAUGGUAAAAAAGAUAGUAAUGAACAAAAUACAGAAGCUACAACUGCCAAAACAAAAGAAGAUAUAUUUGCUGAAACUGUUGCUAAAUUGCUUCAAAAAGCUGGACGUCAUAUGGAACAUCAUUUUACUGGAGCUAAUAUUGUUUUAUUACUUGGACAUUUAAUAAUGGACAACAAGGAAUAUGAAAUGUUAAUUCGUGAAAAAUUACCUGAAAAUAAUUUUGGCAGUAUGGUUGCUGUUUUACAAAAAUAUUAUAAUUUCAUGAAUCUGACUGCAUCGAAUGAAGUUAUUGCAAGCAACAUUGCAACAGUAGAGAAAGUUAUAAAAUUUUUAAAACUUUCUGAUGCUCGUGCUGAGGAAGAAAAAAAUGAACUGCCAUUACCAGCACUGGAAGAAUCCAGUAUGAUGCUUGACCUGUCUUCAUCUUGAUCACAAAAUAAUUAAAAAGAAAAUUUUAUUUGAGACUAGGCCAAAGCUAAUUAUCAUGCCCCAAAAAUACAAUUAAUCAAUUUAUAUCAACAGGGCUAUUUUACAGAUAAUCACAUAAUUUUGAUAUAAAUAUUUAUUCAUUCACAUAAUAAUUUAUUUACUUUAUCAUUGUAAUUUUAAAUCAACGUAUUCUUUUUUUUACAAUCAACUUUAUUUUUUUUCGUUAAUAGUAAUUUAUUGUUACUUAAAAAAAAAAAAAAAAAAAUGCCGAUGAAUACAAAACAAACAAAAUAUAAAAAUCUAGAUUUUGUAAGUUAUAUUUCUAAAUAGCAUGGGCCCAGAAUAUCGAUUAACUUCGAUUAAUUAAUUUGUAAAUUAAAAAGAAAAAAAAAUCAUUAUUUUUUUCUUUUUUUUGAAUUAUAUAUACAUACACUAUCUUUGCACUAAUUUUAUAAAUCAAUUUCAUUUUUUUUUUUUUUUUUAAUUAGUAAAUUAUAUAUAUGACAUUUAUCCAAGUGCUUUGCGAGUUUUAAUAUUAAAAUGACAAUUGUAUAAUUAAAAACUUGAUGAAAUUGUUAUACAAUAAUAAAAAAAAAUGAAAAAAAAAAAUAAAUUAAAAUACCACUGAUUAUUCGAUAUAGUGUUAUGCAAUGUAAGUUUUAUUUUAAUAAUGAAAAGAAAGAAAAUUUGUUAAAAAAUAAAAAGCAUACAUUGUAAGGAUAGUUAAUGUAAAUUUAUAAAUUAAAAUUGUACUUUACGUAUUAAAAAGACAAAUGAAUUAA